UCUGACCAAGAAAUAGGAACGGCAUAGACAUAACCAAAGCGAUGUCAGAGCAAUUAGAACCCAAAAUAAUUUGUAGGGAAAUUUAGUGAAAAUAUUUGAGGAACCAUUUAAGUGAUUUGUUGUUUUGCUAUUCAAAGCAUUUGUGGCAUGUUUAAAGUGUCGCAGGAGAUUCGUUUGAAUACAAACGCAGCGGGUUCAUUGGGCCAGGCCAUAGGCGAUUCCAUAGGCAGCGAUGGAAGUAAUCCGGAGAGUGCUUGUAUUUUUGGCAGAUAUCAGCGCACGCCCGAUGCUGAUGCAUAUCCCACAGAGCCGCCACAGGUUUACAUAGCUCCCGAGUUGACCGAUGCGGGAAAGGUGCAGCUGCUUCAUUUACCCAGCGGCGCCGUACGCAUCAAUUCCACGGUGAGCUUCAUUAUCAAACGCAACGGGGUGAAGGGCAACUUUGAUGUGCGCCUCGAGAAUCCCAGUGGACAACAUGGACCCGCUCUGCAGCUAGAAUCAUUGGAUCCAGAACGCUUUCAGGUGCAAUGCCACCUGACACAGGCGGGACUCUACAAAGUCCACAUCAAAUGUAAUUCCGUGCCAUUACCCAAAUCACCGUAUAUCAUAGUAACUAUUGCCGGAGCCCCUCCAGCAGAUACAACGGUCGAAACAGCCUCGCCAAGUCCAACAAUUCCCGUCUUCCAGUCAGAUGCCAGCAAAGUGCAAAGUCGUGGAUUGGGUUUGACCCACAUUAAUCUUCUCGAGCGCAACGAGUUCACUGUGGAUGGCAGCAUGGCUGGCAGUAAUAUGCUCUUUGUGGGUAUCCUGGGAUCUCAAGGUCCUUGCGAGGAGGUCGUGGUCAAGCAUCUGGGUCGCAACAUUUACCGUGUAAUAUACCAGGUGCGGGACCCUGGGAAUUACAUCGUUGUGGCCAAGUGGGGUGAACAACACAUUCCAGGAUCGCCCUUUAGCCUUAUCUCUGAAUAAAACUCAAUAUGCUAAAUC